UUGUCUACACUGGUACCUAGAAGAAUCUGCAGAGGAUGGGAGUACUAUCCUAUUAGUAAAAUUAUGACAUCACACUCUUGAUUGAGCAGGGAAUAGAUUUUAAAACUUUAUAUACAAACACCUGUUUGACUCUAGUUGCUAACUUGCUAACUGUUAGAACAGUGGUUCUCAACCAGGCAUUUCAUAUACCCCUGGGGGUACAGAGAGAUCUUCUGAGCAUACAUCAACUCUUCUAGAUGUUUGCCAAGUUUUACAACAGGCUACAUAAAAAGCACUAGUGAAGUCAGUACAAACUAAAAUUUCAUACAAACGACGACUUGUUUAUACUGUUCUUUAUAUGAUACACUGAAAUAUAAGUACAAUAUUUAUAUUCCAAUUGAUAUAUUUUAUAAUCCUGUGGUAAAAAGGAGCAAGUCAGCAUUUUUUCAGUAAUAGUGUGCUGUGACACUUUUGUAUUUUUAUGUCUGAUUUUCUAAGCAAGUUGUUUUUAAGUGAGGUAAAACUUUGGAGUAUGCAAGACAAAUCAGACUUCUGAAAGGGGUACAGUAUUCUGGAAAGAUUGAGAGCCACUGUAUUAGAAGGAAGGCUGAGAAAGCACCCUGUCUACUUCUCUGGGCCCAUCAAGGAGUUCUCCAAUAAACACAGAGAAGAGAAGACUCAAUAUUUCUAAAGUAAAAAAGAAGCAGAAGCUAUAUAUUUUUGACAUGAGGAUGGAGAUCUUUUAGGCCUUCUCUGUAUAUCACAAAAUGGUACAAACUCAUUUUGUUCUUUUUUUCAGAUCAGCUUUUUAAGGACUCAUCUACGUAGCUACUUUCACAGAUUCAUAGUUCCCAGCAUGAUAAGACUGCACACUUUUGUCUACUCUGCACAGGCAAUGUGCAAUGUAAUUGUGUUAAGCUCUGGUUAUGGAAGUGAUUUUUGUGUGUAUGUAAAAGACCUGAAUCAUUUUGUAAAUGGUCCUGCACCAUAGAGGAUGCACCUUCUGAACAGCAACUCAUUGCGCCAGUUGGGUACAGGUUCGAAUGUGGGAGUUGUCCCAGAUGUGGUUGCUGCUGAUGUCGCCCUGGGAGAAUGCCUUGAUGGGUGAUUAGCACCAUUCAGUGAUGGGCUGUGGGACAAGCAAAGUGCUUCCCGAGCCCCCCACGGACGUUCAGUUAGAUCUGGUUAAAAAGGUUGAGCCUUACACUGGUCAUAAAAAUGACGUGUACAAGCACUUCAUCAAGGAUGAUGGUGGAGCUGCUAUCAAAGCCGGCUCCCCCUCGCCCCCUCGCCACACCAACCCCUAUUCCAGUGGCCACCCACCUAACUACAUGGAGCAGCCUGAGCCCCGCAAGAACAAAGUGGCUAAGUACCGUGCCAAAUUUGAUCCCAGGGUGACCGCCAAGUAUGACAUCAAAGCCCUGAUUGGCCGAGGCAGCUUUAGUCGUGUUGUGCGGGUGGAACAUAAGGCUUCCAAGCAGCCAUAUGCAAUCAAGAUGAUAGAAACCAAGUAUCGGGAAGGGAGGGAAGUGUGCGAAUCAGAGCUAUGUGUGUUGCGACGGGUCCGGCACACAAACAUCAUCCAGCUCAUUGAGGUGUUUGAGACACAGGAGCGAGUCUACAUGGUGAUGGAGUUGGCCACUGGAGGGGAACUGUUUGAUAGAAUCAUUGCCAAAGGCUCUUUUACUGAGAGGGAUGCUACCCGAGUGCUGCAGAUGGUGUUGGAUGGGGUAAAGUACUUGCAUACACUGGGCAUCACGCACCGGGACUUAAAACCAGAGAAUUUGCUGUAUUACCAUCCUGGAACGGAUUCUAAAAUCAUGAUCACAGACUUUGGGCUAGCCAGUGCUCGGAAGAAGGGAGAUGACUGCCUAAUGAAAACCACCUGUGGGACACCAGAGUAUAUUGCUCCAGAAAUCCUGGUCAGGAAACCCUACACCAAUUCUGUGGACAUGUGGGCACUGGGUGUGAUCUCCUACAUCCUCCUGAGUGGAACUAUGCCCUUUGAAGAUGACAACCGAACCCGCUUGUACCGGCAGAUCCUGAAAGGAAAGUACAGUUAUUCAGGGGAGCCCUGGCCCAGCGUGUCCAAUCUGGCCAAGGACUUCAUUGAUCGCCUGCUCACAGUGGAUCCCAGUGACAGGAUGACAGCUCUUCAAGCCUUAAAGCACCCCUGGGUAGUCAGCAUGGCAGCCUCCUCAUCCAUGAAGAACCUGCACCGCUCCAUCUCUCAGAACCUCCUCAAGAGGGCGUCCUCUCGCUGCCAAAGCACCAAAUCGGCCCAGUCCACCCGUUCCAGCCGCUCCACCAAAUCCAAUAAGUCGCGGCGGGUGCGGGAACGGGAGCUGCGGGAGCUCAACCUGCGUUACCAGCAGCAAUACAAUGGCUGAGAACUCAACAGGAAACUGCCAGCUGUCUUUCCAGGUGCACUUCCUGUGCUGCAGGUGUGCAACGCUCCCACGCGGCGGGCAACACCCAGGCUUCUGCUGCAGGAGUGACCCUCCAUGUGCACGAAGCUCGUGGAAAAUGGAACCUUUGCUCCCAAGCCCCCAACAGUGGGCACUCCUCACUUGGGUGGGCUGCGUUUCGGAGCCUGAUGCAGGAAGUGGAGCAGUGAAAGCCUUCCUUAUGCUCAUUCAGGUCCAGAGUGAAGGUCAAAGUUCAGGGCCUCAAGUAAUCAGCAAAUUAGGGAGCCACAUGAAGAGAAGAGCCCCCUCCCCAGCCCAGGAGUUUGGCUUCCUUUAGUUAUUUAUUGAUUCCAGAAUGUUAAGUCCCGCUGCGCGCUUGGACAGUAUUUAUAUUGGACUCCAUUGAUGCCGGUGGGAGUCACACUCACAGCUCGGGUUGGGAUUGCUGUGUUUCAGCUGCAUGAAGGAAAUGCCAGGCAGGAGUCUUCAGUAAGGAGCAUGAAGCAGAGAGGUUUCCCCCAAGGGCCCCGGUGACUGUGACAGCGUCACAGGUUACUCGUGCUGGUUAAGGAUUGAUUGAGGUAUUGGCGCCCUGGAGCGCAGAUGGUCUGCAGUCCCACUUCCCCUUUGCCCUGACUGAAGGUUCCUAACUGUGGGGAGGGGAGAGGAUGCGAAACCUGCAGGAGCAAAACGCUUCGCAGGACACCUAAAACCAUCUUUUCUAAAGCGAACCCCGUGGCUAGCCCUGGCCCCCACCCCUGUGCUAGCACUCAGGAAGAUCUCCUCUGUCUCGGGAAGUGUAAGGCUUGUGAGCCAGUGCGGAGCAGCUGGGGCAGGCACAAAGGGCGGGUGCAGCGGUGUCAGGAGAGGCCACUUUGGACAUAUUUUGAGGCAAAAAGCAUGAGGAUAAAUGGAAGCAGAGGUUGGUGCUGGCAGGGGCCCCUGUGAUCUGGGCGUCCUCAGAGGCGAGCUGGCGUUCCUUCUUGCCGCUGGGUUUGAGGUUUUUGAAUUCUUCACCCUAGUGUUGCACCAUGGACCCAACAGACGAAUGGUUCCAACUGUGCCACGUUACCAGGCCAAAACUGUGACUGCUCCAGCCAUUACCCACUGCCUCCCAUUUGGCCACCCACGCUGAUUCUGCCAGCGCCUGGCCUGCUUGGCACCCCAGGCCUGCCUUUGGGAUAGCUUCAUGGCAGGUUACGGUGUGCAUAAGGGAGUGGGAUGGGGGCAGUCAUGUUGCCACAGAAACUUCUUGUUAACACUGGGACGGGAGCCUUUCCUACUGGAGCAUCGGCCCUGGUAAUACAUGCCAGGCCUAGAGAAUCACUGCUCCAGGAGCUCCAUCAGGGUCACUCGGCUCCUUGUUUUCCUCCGUGGACUUAAGGCAGAGUCAUCUCUGCCGUGACCUUGUGCAGGAUGUGUCAUUCCCUGUGGCUAGGAGGCAAUAAAACACUGAUCUCCAGAGUCCCAGAUUGGUGCCUUACCCACAAGCCCUUCCAACGGUUUUCUCUUCCCUUGUGUAGGAUAAAUGAAGCUGCAGAUUGCCACAUACUGACUUCUGGUCUAAUCCAAUGUGUUCCCUCCCCAUCUCAGUUCCUGACUGAGCCAGAACCUGCGGGAACAUCUGUCUCACCUUGGAGAGUCUUCCCUCAGGGUUGGUAGCCAUUACUCUUCAGAAUGCUGCAGUCGUAGAGCCCAUCUCCUUGGCGAUUGAGUUAUCAUGGGAUGCGUCAUCCGGAAAUGUCCCGUGUGACGUCACUCAUGGCAGAUGUAGGGCCUAAUGCGUUUUGGGAAACAAAAUGCUUUUAUAGAGGUCGUAUCAGCUCUGCACAAAGUCAGUUCUUGGUGACUCAGCUUGAGGCUAACAAGGUCUGUCUGACUUUCGGGUGUGUGAGUGACAUGCAUGAUGGUGUGACCUAGGCCUUGCAUCUGUGAUGCAGGCUGUGAUCCUGAGGCCAACUGACCUCUCACUGGUUUGAUUAGUGUCCACACUUCUUCUGGGCUUCUUGUAAGCAGAGCUCCAGUUCUCACCGAUGCAACCUUGUCUCUUCUGUGGGAAACCUCCGAGUAUUCUUGGGCACAUGCAACAAGAGCAGUGCAGAUCGUUGUGUUGGCCUUUCACCUCUUGGUUUCAGUUGGGCGGGUCACCCCCUCUUAGUUCUAACAUGCUUAUGCCCAGGCAGUAGCCAUAUGUAAGCAAAGAAGAGGAUGGUGGAGAUUUCCCGGAAGGAGAGGGAGUCCAAGCUCCUCUUGGAACCUCAGGCAAUCUCCUGUCCUUUGUUUUGUUUUGUUUUGUUUACUUUGCCUUCCCAGUCCCCAGGAGAGGCAAGUGUCAGGAAUUCGACUAGCUGAGUGCAGGUUACAAAAGUUGCUUGGGCUGGGUUGUCUCUGGAAAUGUGCUGCAGUCGCAGAUCGUUCUGCUAAUGAGGCCAGUUAGUCUGCUGUGCUUUUGAGCAGCUGUGCACAUGCCCUUGAUCUGCUCUGCUGGAAUUCUGCCUUGCGUGCUCUCUGGACUCUCUGCCUUUGUAUAUUUCACACAGACAUCUCAACUCUCUCCAUCUGACCUGAGACGCAGGAGUUUCUGCCUUCAGAAAUUCCUCAUUUGUGGAUUUCACAGGUUAAACACUGCCCCCAUUGCCCCACAAUCUGCCUAGGAGUCCCUGUGUGCAUUUUACCUGUCUCCCUCUUUUCCCUCUUAACUAGGAUUCUUCAGAUUUGGCCUAGUGUGAGGUUGGGGCACUUGCUCUGGUAUUGAAUAAUCUCAUAAAUAAUGCAGUGAUUGUGUAUCUGUGUCCUGGGUGAGCUCUGCAUCUCGCUUGUCUGGGAGCUUUGUGGGACACAUUAUACCCAGAGAGAAAUCUCCUGCUUAGUAAGUGAAAAUUGUCCCUCUCCCCGCAUUUGAGUGAAAUAUGACUGAAGUUAGAGUGACACCUAGUGGCAAAUCGCAGUAUAUCAUCUUGCAGAGAGAGAGAGCUCUUCUCAUUUUGUUUCCUUAUACAGUAACUCCUCACUUUAUGUUGUAAUAAAUGCAACUCUAAGUGAAACAAUGUUAAAUGAAUCCAAUUGUCUCAUAAGAGUUAAUGUAAAAGGGGGGGGUUAGGUUCCAAGGUAAUUUUUUGGGGGCAGACAAAAGGCAUUACACUGUAUACUGUACCGUGCCCCUGGCUUACCCCACAAGGCACAGCCUGCUACAGGCAAGGACACUAGGAAGCACCUUUGCAACAGAAGUGGCAACUUCCCCAGAGAACAAGCUCGGAUUUUGCUGGGAAUGCUCCAGGCCCACCUCUUCCCGCUGCUACUCCACCUCCUCUCCGGAGCAUGCCACAUCCCUCCCCAAGGCUGGCUAUAAGGCAAUUCCACCAAUUCCCCCAUUUUGGGCCUCACGCCUAAGAGGGCCCCGUGCCCAGUAAGAAUCUCUUCUCUGGCUAGAGGCGCCUUUUUAAUUUUUACUCACCUGGCAGUGCUCCGGGUCUUCGGCGGCACUUCGGCGGUGGGUCCUUCGCUUGCUCUGGAGCUUUGGCGGCACCUCGGCAGCAGGUCCUUCAGUGCCACUGAAGACCUGGAGCAAGUGAAGGAUCUGCUGCCGCAGUGCCGCCAAAGACUUGGAGCACCGCCCGGUGAGUACAAGCCCCAUGUGGGUUUUUUACAUGUUUUUUUUAUAGUCAUCCCUGCCGGGGCCCCAUCAAAACUGUUCGAAUUGGGCCCCGCACUUCGUAAACAGCUGUAUGAUGGCUCUUAGGACUUUCUGGGAGGAGGAGCGGAGAUGCAGCGCUUUCCCGCUCCUGCCUGACUCUCCCAGAAAAUCAUAAGCGUGAAGUACUGGGAGGGAGGAGGAGGAGCAGGGAAGCCCCAGGUCUCCACUCCUCUCCCACCCUCCCAGAAAAUCCUAAGCACUGCUAAACAGCUGUUUGGUGGAGCUUAGGACUUUCUGGGAGGAGUGGGGAGACAGCGCUUCCCUGCUCCUGCCCCUCCCUCCCAACACUUCACGCUUAGGACUUUCUGGGAGGGAGGGGGAGGAGGUGGAGAAGCGGGACUUGUGCAAUGCUUCCUUGUAAAGUUGCUGCUCUUCCACAGAAUCUUACAAGCAGGCAGCCAAACCACGAGCAUUGCACAACUUUAAACGAGCGUGUUCCCUAAUUGAGCAGGGACGUGACAUUGAAACAACGUAAAGUGGGACAACGUUAAAUGAGGAGUUACUGUAGUUACAAGUGAGGUGUCUCCGUGUUUGGUAUGCAGGGGACUUGGUGAGGUGGUGUGUGGGGGGGGUGUCCUCAUCAAAUCAGACAGAGCUUGUCAGAGCCAUUGAAUAAUUCCUGUCUUCAGCGUGAGCACAUCUCCUUUUUUAUUCCUUUGGCGAAACUGCCUAGAUGAUAUUGCCCAGUGGCCUGUCCCCUGGCGGGACGUUGUCCGUAGCAGAGCAGCGUGCUGGCCUGGUGAGGCAGGGGAACGAUUCUUGGCCACACGUGGUUGAACCAUUGGCACAGAAGUUGUGAUACACCUUUUAGUUUGGAGUAUUUCUGUCUGCCACUGGGCUCUCCUCAGAUAUCUGAGCAGAAUCAUUACAAUUAUGCAACUUGAUGUCUCUGAUAGCCACCCCAGCCUUUCCCUCUAUCCACGUAUGGGCCAGUGUUUGCUAUCAUAGGGUGGUGGUAGGCUUGUGGAGUCAUGCAAAUAGUGAAGGUAGCUAGCUGGUUAUCUGAGAGGCUAAUGCAGGGGGAGAAGGGCAGAGAGCCAUUCGACUCCCUUUCCACCUCUGCCAGGAGAACGUUAGCUUGUGAAUGUUGCGUUUGCAUUUUGUACCUGAAAAGGUUUUUCUGCCCAACUGUGCCUUUUUCCCUGUGAGUAGAGGUGGCUGGAUUAUUCGUACAGAUGGACAAUCAGAUGAAUUUGUCCCUUCCAUUCCCAAAUCGUUGAUUUUUUUUUUACAAAUGUGCUUUCUGUAACUGCUCAGCAAACUGUUUGUGGGAAUGAAUUUUAGCCAACGGGUUGUUUGAAAACUUCACUUUGACAGCUUUGCUAUUCAUUAUAGAUUCAUAGAUUCAUAGACUCUAGGAGUGGAAGGGACCUCGAGAGGUCAUCGAGUCCAGUCCCCUGCCCUCAUGGCAGGACCAAAUACUGUCUAGACCAUCCCUGACAGACAUUUAUCUAACCUACUCUUAAAUAUCUCCAGAGAUGGAGAUUCCACAACCUCCCUAGGCAAUUUAUUCCAGUGUUUAAGCACCCUGACAGUUAGGAACUUUUUCCUAAUGUCCAACCUAAACCUGCCUUGCUGCAGUUUAAGCUCAUUGCUUCUUGCUCUAUCCUUAGAGGCUAAGGUGAACAAGUUUUCUCCCUUCUCCUUAUGACACCCUUUUAGAUACCUGAAAACUGCUAUCAUGUCCCCUCUCAGUCUUCUCUUUUCCAAACUAAACAAACCCAAUUCUUUCAGCCUUCCUUCAUAGGUCAUGUUCC